AGUGGGACAAGGGAGAGCAUUCUAUAUAGCUACAAAUAGGACAGUGUAGCUUCUUCUUUUGGUACUGUCUUCAGCUUUUACUGUAUGACACAGAUUUUACUUAGAAGGUUUAUCCUGGUGAAGUUCCCUUUCCUAAGAACAAACCAGCAGAAAAAAAGAGGGGAAACCAAAAAAGGGGGAACUUUCUAUCCUAAAGCAGCUGGAGUCUGAUAGAACAAUGAGAGAUCCCCUUCCCAGCUGGGCCUGCUUGUCUUACAGCCUGUUCACCUUCUCCUUGCUUUGUGUAACAGCUGAGAACCAAUGUAAGAUCAGAAAUCAAGUGGCUGACUGCAGUCAUCUAAAGCUGAAACAAAUUCCUUCAGAUCUCCCAAUUAAUAUAACAGCAUUGGACAUUUCUCAUAACCAGCUAAAUAAGCUACCACCUGCAAAUUUAACUAAGUACAGCCAGCUUAUUUACUUGGAUGCAGGAUCCAACAGCCUCUCUAAACUUCAGCCAGAACUGUGCCAAACUUUGCCCCUAUUGAAAGUUUUGAAGCUGCAACAUAAUCAGUUGCAUGAGCUCACUGACAAUGUUUUUGCUUCCUGUUCCAGCCUGACUGAGCUCAAUUUAGGGUACAACAUAAUAGAGGUCAAAAGCAAUCCUUUCAAAAACCUGAAGAAUUUGAACAUAUUGGAUGUAGCUCAUAAUCGUUUGCUUUCUACAAAAUUAGGAACCCACCAACAGUUGGAGAGCCUUCGUGAGCUUGUGCUGUCAGAGAAUAAAAUCACUGAGUUAAAAAAGGAAGAACUAGAUUUUCUUAGCAACACUUCCUUAAAUAGGCUUGACUUAUCAUCAAACCCGCUGAAAGAGUUUCACACAGGCUGUUUACAUGCAAUUGGAAAUCUGUAUGGCCUUAUGCUGAACAACGUUAAGCUUGGCGAAAAUCUCACAGAGAAACUUUGCUUGGAAUUAUCAGGCACAAGAAUUCAGAAUCUGUCACUGAGCCAGGUCCAGCUUUCUUGUAUUUACAAGUCAACCUUCCACGGACUGCAGACAACAAACAUCACAGUUUUAAACCUUUCCAAAAAUUAUUUGAGCGUGAUAAAAAAUGACUCUUUUACCUGGCUUUCAAACUUAGAGAAUUUACACCUAGAGGAUAAUAGGAUUUCUCACUUAUCUUCUCAUUCAUUGUAUGGAUUGUCCAAUGUCAAAUAUUUGAAUCUGAGAAGGUCACGUGUCAGAAAAAUUGAUGAUUUCUCCUUUCGUUGGCUAAGCCAUUUAGAGUAUCUUCUUAUAGAUAGUAAUAAUUUUCAAGAAAUUACUCCUAAUAUGUUCACCGGCUUAGACAAUCUGAAAUAUUUGAGUCUAUGUAACUGGACAAAUGGCUUACAAAUAAUAACAAAUAAAACGUUUUCAUCACUUGCUAAUUCUACUCUGCAGUUUCUUAAUCUUACAAAAAGUAGAAUCACAAAAAUAGAAAGUGGAGCAUUUUCUUGGUUGGGACACCUAAAAAUUCUUGAUUUGGGACUCAAUGAAAUAAACCAGGUGCUUACAGGUCAUGAGUUUAAAGGUCUGCAAAAUAUUGAGGAUAUCUACCUUUCCUACAACAAAUGGCUGACUUUGACAAGCGAAUCGUUUGCUUUUGUUCCUAGCCUUAGAAAACUGAUGCUACGGAAGGUAGCUUGUAGCAAUCUGGAUCUCUCCCCUUCACCUUUUCACCCUCUACGGAAUCUAACCAUCCUGGAUAUCAGCAACAAUAAUCUAGCUAAUGUAAAAGAUGAUUUGUUUGAUGGACUUCACAAACUAGAAAUUCUGGAUUUGCAGCAUAAUAAUUUGGCUCGACUUUGGAAACAUGCCAAUCCAGGUGGCCCUGUCAUUUUUUUAAAAGAUCUUCUUAACCUGCAUAUACUUAAUUUGAAGUCUAAUGGCUUGGAUGAGAUACCAGUACAAGUUUUCAAGGGCUUGUUUCAAUUAAGAAGCCUGGAUUUAGGAUCAAAUAAUUUGAACUUGCUUCCAGCAUCUUUGUUUGAUGACCAGAUAUCUCUGAAUUCAUUGUUCCUUCAGAAAAAUCUUAUAACAUCUGUUGAAGAAAAAGUGUUUGGGACAGCUUUCAAGAAUCUGAAAGAACUAGAGAUGGAUUCCAAUCCAUUUGACUGCACCUGUGAAAGUAUCUCCUGGUUUGUUAAUUGGCUUAAUGUGACCCAAACAAACAUACCUGGAUUAGAUACCCAUUACCUUUGCAACACCCCACCUAAGUAUCAUAGUACUCUGGUGAUGCAUUUUGACAUUUCACCCUGCAAAGAUAGUGCCCCUUUUAAAUUACUGUACAUAAUAAGCACCACUGUGAUAAUGCUCCUCAUCUUUAUUGUUGUUCUUAUCCAUUUUGAAGGCUGGAGGAUAGUAUUUUACUGGAAUGUGUCAGUAAAUCGAGUACUUGGUUUUACAGAAAUAGACAGGCAACAGGAAGAAUUUGAUUAUGAUGCCUAUGUUAUUCAUGCAAGAAGGGACAGUAAUUGGGUGUCCAAGAACUUCAUUCCUCUGGAAGAAAAUGAUCAGUCUCAAAUUAGGUUUUGUUUAGAGGAACGAGACUUUGAAGCAGGCAUAUCUGAAUUUGAAGCCACUAUUAAUAGUAUAAAAAGAAGUCGGAAGAUUAUCUUUGUUGUCACUGAACAUCUCUUAAAAGAUCCCUGGUGCAAAAAGUUCAAGGUGUACCAUGCUGUCCAGCAAGCUAUUGAGCAAAGUCGGGAUUCCAUCAUACUGAUCUUUCUUCAUGACAUUCCAGAUUACAAACUGAAUCAUGCACUUUGCUUGAGAAGAGGAAUGUUCAAAUCUCGCUGCAUCUUGGAUUGGCCAGCUCAGAAAGAACGUGUCAAUGCAUUUCAUCAGCAAUUAAAAAUGGCACUUAAAUCUAGCAGCAACAUACACUGAAUUUCUGAAGUAUAAUAUUGAACUGUUAGGACACUUCAUUUCAGACUGACUAAAGGAUAACAGUUCUUAUGGGGAAAAAUUAAACCAAUCCACAGCAACUCCUCUAUUUUUCCUAUUAUGUGUUUUUAAUUGGUAAUUGUUCUUAUCCUUCAUAUAUUGUUUCACCUGUAUUCUGAGUCCAUAAAAUGGUCAUGAUGGUCACAAAAAAUAGGACCGACAACUCUUUCAAACUGUGAUCAUAAAGAAUCAGCUUAUUUAAAAUAGAGCAGAAAUAGAGUGAAGAAAGGGGUGGUGAGAAUGUGUAGCGGCAUGGUAAAUUUCCACAUGAAGGGAUGCUGAAAAGACUAGGAUUGUUUACUUUAGAGAGGAAAUGAAUAAGAGGGAGGAAAUGUGAUACAGAUAUACAAACUAAUGAAUGCUAGAGUGGGAGUAUGCACCUGGACAUGUAGACCUCAUUUGUUAAUUCCUUCAGUGUUGGAGAGGGCAGUGUGCAGGUCUUCUGGCUUAAGGUGAAUUUUAAGCAAUGUGUGACGAUCUAGAAUUUCUCUCCUGCUUCCUAAUUCUAAUAGUCUUCUAUCUAGAUACCUCCCCUCUGAAAUAGCUUGAAUUUAGGGCAUCCCUAAAGGCAAUGUUUUAGUAUUCUAUAAAUUCAAGAACAGUAAAUUGAUAUUUCUAGUCCCUUAAUUUUUUUUUCAAAUGGAAGAUGCAAUCUGAUAAAUAUUGCAUCUAUAGCAGAUAGCUAUUACCCAAAAUACAUUUUCUGGGUAUAAGGACCUUACCCUGCAAAGUUCUAAGCACCCUCAACUCCAAUUAAGUUCAAUACAUCACAGGAUUGGGACCUAAUUGCCACAAGAAUAGUGCAUGUAGUUCUAAUUCCUGAAAUAUUAUGAUUACACAGAACUUUUUGUAUAUAAAACAAAUAUUAGAGAAGAGGGGACAGCCUGGCUCCCCUGAAGUGAGUGGCAUUUUGCUAUUGCCAUCAUCCACAGUGUCUAAUCUUGCUUCAAUUCAGUGGGAGCGGAUAUGGAUCAAAGAAAUGAAAUGUGAUUUGUUUUAAUCUUUUGUAUCAUGUAUGCAGUAUGGAUGCUUCUAUUGUGUAGCAUGUAUUUUUCUUGUCUCUUAGAUAUUAUGUAAUUUUUUUUAUUUUUAGUUCUACCUUUUGGUUUUUCCACUUAAAAUGACUUGGAGAACAGUGUUUAAAUAAGAAUGGCAUACUGGUACCAGGUGUUCUGUAAACAGUGCAAUUAAUAGUCAAAGGGAAAAUGAGUGUCUUACCAGUGACUUGACUAGAGUGCACUCACAGCUACCCGUAGGACAGAAUUUGAUGGAGGAACCAGGCUAUUGCUCUGACAGUAUCAGUGAGGCCCUAAUUCCCCACUCCCUUGUACCAGGCUACUAUUCUGAUUUUGGUGAAGUUUCAGACUCAUUUGACACAGGUAUAAAUGACUAUACAAACUGCAACGCAGUGAAGAAUCAGCCCCUAAAACUUUUAAACACUUUUAGGGACAAAUUUUCCCUCUCUCAUAAUGGAAGUCCCCCAUAAACUGAGAAAUUGAUAUGGUUCUGCUGUGUUGGGUGCCUAGACCAUGGAAGUCUAUGCAAGGGGUAUAUACCUUCUGUGGUGCUAGGAGUCCAGCUUCCUAGCCAUGUGGGGAGGAUGCUUUUUGCCUUGGUCUCCAUGGCUUUCACUGAUAUUCAGCCUGCUAGUUGUGCUGUGCACUCAAUGGGGCCUUUGUGUUUUUGUACAGACAUAACCAUAUACUAUUCAAAAUGCAAUAUGUCUCUUUAAGAGGUUGCCCCUUUACCUAUAAAUCUGUUACUAAAACAUAGGAAAAUUCUUGUGGAUUAUAUCAAUGAAAGAAAACCAGAGCAUCCUGAUUUGCAUGACAUUUUACAUGCACAUAAAUCUUAGUGUGAAUGACAGCAACAGUCAGCUCCCCUUCUCCUGCUGCCAGCUUCCAUCAAAUGGCAGCUAAAAAUACAUUCCUAUUUAAGUGUGUAAUUUCUGUUUGUGACAGGGAAACUAUGGGGAUGUGACUAGCAAAGGAGGUGGCUUGUAUGCUAGCCAAUGAUAGAGGAGGUGGUCCACAUCACAAUCUUUCUAUUGAAAUUUGAUGAUUGUUAUGGGGGAGAGGGGAACCUUUGAGGAACCCUGAACUAAGAAACAGACUCUGGUUGAAAUGUGUUGACUUAUGUAGUAGGGUGCUGGUGCAGAAGUACCUAAUUAGUCCCUACCCAGUCAGCUCCAAUCAGGGGAAAAAGACUGGGGCUGAUGGAAGAGGCCUUAUGCGAGCCUGAGGAUUGGCACCACCUGCUGGCCUGACAAGCCAAGAGCUAUAAAGGCUGUCAGGGUGCCAGAAGGUGGGGAGCAGCAGGGAGUGAGCUGGCUGGGCCUGUAAAGGAGGUGAUUAAUCCUGCAAGAUUUAUAUAUAGAUAGUGGUGGGAGAACCUUAUAUAAAUAAAGACAUGGGUGUUUCACAACCCUGAAGCCUCUUUGAGCCUUAUUGGGGGGCAGCAACUUGGCCCCAGGAAGAGGGGUGGGACUUAAACCCUGUUACAACUUUACAUUGGAUUUUUAACUCUUUUUUUUCCUUGUAGUUUUCAGAUAUCUAUUUUUCUUGGUAAGCUGUUGCAAACUGGAGCUUUGCAAAUCCUUGUGGUUUUACAAUUAACACUGAGAUGUAUUUAAUUCAGCCCUGAGUUAUAUGUAUACAGUUCACUUAGGUUUUCCUCCUUCAAUGAAAACUGUUCUAAUAUGCAUUAAACUCUACAAGCAAGAUAAGAAAUAGCUGCUGUUUCCCGUGAGCAGCCGAAUAGAUUACUUACCAGAAAUCAAUAUCUAGUUAGAGAAUGAAAAACCGUAUCAUACUAUUUAAACAAUAUUACUAUUAUUUCUUAGUGUUCCUAAAAAAUACCUAUAGGUACCCACGUCUGGCUCUGCAUCCCUCUCCCAAUUAGAAAUAUACAACUGAAAGCUUCUCAUAUUCAUCCACCAAAUCCUCAGCCCAUCUCCUCUUCAAUAACCUGAGAACAGAUGGGUUCUGUAGACUUCCCAAAUACAGGAUCUGGUGGACCAAAGGGAAAAUGGGUCCUAAAGUGGAGUACCCUUUUCAGAGAACACCCUGACAACCACUCCCUUUCAUUUACAUUGAGGGUGCUGAGACAUGAGUAUUCAUGUUGAUCUCUACAAUGGCUUAUCAGAGAAAGAGAGGUGGUUUCUCAGGGUAAUUGUGUCCCAAGCUAUUUAUGAUUAUAGGUUAAAACCAAUACCUAGAAUUCCACCUAGAAGAUUAUUGUGAGGCAGCGGAGAUCUUGGAAUAUUAUUUAAUAUGCUUUCAAGGUGCAGCUCCACUGAAUAAGUGGCCCACCACAUCGUGCAUUAGCUUCAGCUUCUGACUGGUCCUAAGGUAACCUCCCAUACCGCAUAUUACAGCAAUCUAAUCUUGAGGUGACAAAGGCAUGAACAGCAGCGUCAGAGAGGAAAGGCUGCAUGCUUCUCACCAGGCUCAGACAGAAAAGUGCCCACGGUUGCAACCACUAUCUGAACAUCCAAGAGCAACUCAGGAUUUAGCAACACUUUUAGAAAUGAUGGUCACAUUCCCUCGGUGAUGGGGUGCUCAUAUAAAUUCUGCUAAGCCAUAUGGCUGUUUCCCCAAGCCCACCCUCCUAUUUGUGUCUUGUCUAGAUUAAAUCACAGCCAACUCUCUCUCAUCCACAUCC